UUAAGAUACUUUUUCUAAAAAGAUUUAUUUCCAGAGUGUUCCCAUGUUGGUUUAAAAUUCACUGUUUUCAACAUUUUAGAGCAAUACCUCAUCUACUUGAUUUUGUGUCUGCUGAAGUCUUCGGUUGCUGCCAGAGGCAGCACUUGACCCUGGGGUUGCACCUGCAGACCUGAAAUGGGUAAAGGCACAAGCAUGAGUAAACUAUGAUUCCAGAUACAUUUUUUAUAAGUAUGAAGACAUUAUCCCAAGGCAUCACUGUUUAAAGGUUCAGAACUUAAGCAGAAAAAGAAACCCUUCCUACAGUAAGGAACAAAGGUUCUAAUGACAUUUCUUCUAAUUCCUCUAUAAUUUCCAGGAUUCAUCAUAUGUUAAAAGUGAGCAGGGUCUCAAGUGAAGGUUUAAUAUCACUUUCUAUCACUGAGGCACCUGAUCUUAAGAUCAGGGAUCCUAAGAUAGAGAAACUCUACCUUCCAGUUUUUUAUUUAAAUGCACACAUCUACUUAAAUGCACUCAGUACUCUCCUGAACUCUCAUUGUGGCGAGAACUGUUUUCAUGGUUAUGAACAAUUACAGAAUGCCACUUUUCCAGUUUGGAGAAAUAUAUUCAUUUAUAUAAACAGGGUCAGGAACAUCAAGAGGCAAGGAGGAGGGGGUGGUGUGAGUGGGAAAGGUGAGAUGAAGCAGUGCUUCCUCUCUUAAAAGGUACUUCUCUUUUCAAAUCCUCAACUGAAGGCCUAUUGCUCUCCAGCCAGAUCUUUCUUGACCACUGUGGCUUUGAAGUCCUUAUCGCUUCCGUUUCUUGGCUGGCCAUGCUUUCAUUUUUCACACACACAUACACACACAGCUGACCCUUGAACAAGGUGGGGUGUUUGGGGUGCCGACGCCGACCCCUCCCCCUCCCCAUGGUUGAAAAUCUGCAUAUAACUUUUGACUCCUCCCAAAAUUUAACUACUAAUAGCCUACUGCUGACCAAAGGCCUUACCAAUAACAUAAACAGUCGAUUAACAAGUAUUUUGUAUAUUAUAUGUAUCAUACACUGUGUUCUUACAGUAAAGUAAGCUAGAGCAGAAAAUGUUAAGAAAAUCGUAAGACAAGGGCAGGCCAGGUGGCUCAGCAGUUUAGCGCCACCUUCAGCCCAGGACUGAUCCUGGAGACCCGGGAUGGAGUCCCAUGUCGGGCUCCCUGCAUGGAGCCUGCUUCUCCCUCUGCCUGUGUCUCUCAUGAAUAAAUACAUAAAAUCUU